GCCUGCUCUUAAUGAGACUGCAUGCGUGUAUCCCAUGUGCACUGAUGCUUGCGUCAGUCUGCUACGUCCAUGUAAACCUACCGCCUGGUUCUACGGGCCGACCACAGCACAGAAAGUUGCUGCACGUAUCAAAAUCACUUCUUGUGCUGGCUGGGAGCUCUAGCUGGAAAACUGGAUCCGCAUGUCAUGCCUCAUAGACGAUCCCACAACACAGCACAACACCUCAACAAGCCACAAGACUCACAGGGGGGGGUGACUGACUGACGGACUCACUGACUGCCAUGCAGAUGGAUGGAUGGAUGGAUGUCGGUGUGCUCGCUAGCUCUGGAAGAAAACGACCAUCCUUCCUUCCCUUCAUGGUGCGGUACGCGGAUGCGUGGUGUAGAGAGGGUACGACUGGUCAGUCAGUCAGUCAGUUGGUGAACGUGGCGCCCCUCUGUAUGAGCUCAACCCAGUACUUGUCGGGAUCGUAGGCAAAGGCAAUGCCGCGCAUCUUGCCAUCCUGCACCACAAAAGACAGACAGACAGACAGACCCACACAAGACAGAUACUCGUACUCGCCCAGUUGGGCACACUCAUCUAUCUCACGACGGUCUCGUUGACCUACCUGUGGUUUCUUCUUGAAAGGCACGCCUUGCUGCUCGAGGCUGGCGCACGCCGCCUCCAAAUCAUCGACCAGAAAGCCGAUGUGCCCAUACCCUUGCGGCUGAUCGUUGCCUGAGGGAGGGAAGCCCACAGAAAUGAUGCGAGUUGGCGAGUGGCGGGUGUAUGUAGCGUGUUGGUGUGUGGGUUGGCCGACUGACUGACCGUUGUGGUAUGUGAAUGUGUCAUCCUUCUCGGUGCCGUGGUUGUGUGUGAGCUCCAACACAGGCUGCCACAGGUUCUUCCUGCACCCCCACACACACACCGACAACAAGCAUGAAAUAGGGAGAGACAGGGAGAGAGAGAGAGAGAGAGAUGAACCCGUGAAGGUCAGUCAGUCAGGUGUGGUGCGCUCCUUUGAGUGGGCUGACUGACUGACAUGUAUUCAGCGGCCUCGGGGCUCUCGGGGUCUGUGGGUACGUUGGCGGCCUCUUCUUUGGGGAUGGACGCCAUGAAGUAGAGGGAGAAGUCAUUGGCAUGCAUCACACGUACCAGCGUCAUGCCCAUGACGUCACGGUAGAACGCAACGCUCUUGGCGGGAUCCUUCACACGCUUCUACACACACGCAUCCAUCAUGCACACACACACAUACACACACACACACAUUUACAAUGCGGCCGGCCACUUGAUACGGUGUGGGGUGUGUCUGUCUGUCUGUCUGUGUGUGUGUUGGUCAGGUGUGUGCACACCUACCAUGGUUUGGCUGAGGUUGAAGGGCUCGUUGUGGACGCCAGGCUUGCCCCGCUUGACAAUCUCAAUCCUAACGCCCACAACACAGACAGCGCAGCACACUGUCGUCCUGCGUGUCUCCCUCUCUGUGUGGGUAUGUAGUUGUGUGGGCGGACAUUACCAGUAGCCCUCUGGCGAGAGGGCAAAGGCGAGGCCUUUCAUCCGCCCCUCAUCGGGUUUCUUGCGAAAUUGAACACUGACCGAUCGGAUCGUUCGGGGGUGGGUGGCACAUAUGGCGUGGGUGGCAGGCACAUGGAGGGAGCAGUGAAUAUAUGACGUCACGUCGCUGACUGACAUGCUGUGCUGCGUGGAGGGCGGUCUCGUCUUGCUCACUCACCCGUUGGCGAGAAGCUCCUCUGUCGCCUUGUACACAUCGUCGCAGUUGAAGGCUAUGUGGCCGAACCUGGUGUGCACACACACACACACACACACACACACACACAACAUAUCCAGUAUCCAUCCAUCCAUUUCACACAUGACCAGUAAGUAGAGUAUCUAUCGGUGCUGUCUGUCUGCCGGCCCAGCCAGCCGCCCACCCGCCCACCCUCUGUGUGGCUCCUCAUUGCCGUUAUUGACGGCGAAUGUGUCGUCCUUCUCGCUGCCGUGGUUGUGGGUGAGCUCGAGCGUGGUGUUCUGCAUGUUCCACAGAUACCUCUCAGACUCGGCCGUGCCGGCGGGAGGCAGCACGGCAAUCUCGCUGUCCUUGGGCCGCUCCAAGAAGUACAAACUGAAGCCGUACUCGUUGAAGUCAUACUUGUGCACCGUCUUCAUCCCAAAGUUAUCCUGGAAGAAUGGCACCUGAGGAGGGAGGGAGAGAGGGCACAUGCCAUGCACUGCAGCGAUGUGUGGUGCACGAGCAGAUGCAGAUCUGGCGUGUGUCUGGACGAUGGAUGCUCACCGUCUUUGCUGGAUCUUUGAUGCGCAGCAUGGUCUGUUGCCAGUUGAAGUUGUACUUACGACCCUGGGCAACACACACCAAACAGGCAGAACACACAGACAGAACGACGCAGGUCGGCAGGUCAAUCAACGCCCGUGUGAUUCAUGCAUGCGUGCGGGGAUGCGGCCUGUCCCUCUCUCCCUGCCUCCCUCUCGCUCCUGUGUGUCUUAAUUGUCAGUGCGUGUGAGGUGAGUCCCACCUACCACAGCAUCGUCCGGCGGCAGUGGUUUGAGGUUGGUCAUGGUGAUGCCUCGAGAUAUGAACCCCGGCCGAGCGACGCGUGUCAAACGAAACGACAGAGAUGAACACACACAGCUCGCCACCGUCACAAAGGCGAUGCACGUGCGAGAAGCGAAC